CUCGGGCCGCCCCCGCCCCUACGGACCCGGGCUCCCCCGACCCGGGGGCUCGGCCCCGCCGCGGAGCCGCGGUCGUCUUUCCUGAGUCGCCGCCGGGGCCCGCGCGGGUGAAGGGUCCGCCCUGGAACCUCGGAGCGGCCGCUCAGCCCGGCCAGGAGGGAGCAGCUGCCUUUGCGGAACAUUUGCAAAAGCCCACCUUGCUGACGCUUCGGACGUGGCCACGGCAGCUGUGGGAGGCCACCUUGGGCUGAGCAGGCAGCUUUAAAAUAAGCGGCCUCGAUUCCGUGCCUGCUGCUUCUUAGCUGCUGCGAACCGGACAAGGACUUCUCUGAGCCUCAGUUUCUUCCCCUGUGAAACGGGCUUAAUGGUGUUCCCCAAGGGAGGAUUCAAGUCCCAGGCGCAGUAAAGGCUCCACAGGUGAUGCUCGACAUCGGAGGCCGGAUGUGAUAAGCACUAUGGUACAAAGAGAGUGAGAUGAGUCUAAAAGUGGAUUUUUGAAAGGUCUUUGAGGGAGUGGGUAUCUGUUUGGUUUUAGGUUUUAUGAAAUAAGCUUCAUGAAAUAGAAAGGGAGAGGCGGUUGGAAGGAAAAGAAGCACCAAGGAAGCAAGAGCCUGCCGACAGUAAAUGCUGGAUGACUUAUGGGAAUAACAAGUUUUGUCAUGGGAACCAGUUGGGUCACAAUGCAAGUCAGCCUAUGAUUUAAGGGGCCAGAUGUGUAAGUGGCAGCACAGUGGGUGCUGUCAGAAUUCCCAGAGGCCCAGCGUGGUUCCAAGUCUACGGCUGCUGCUAGCUUGUAUGGUGCCUUUGUGAGAAUCAGAAAGAGACACCCGUUCUGAGCCCACGGCCCAUGAUACUCUGUCCCACCUGUGAGACCAGGAAGGCGCUCAGGACGGUCCCGUCUGGCUCGAGUCGGUUACUACAGGGGGAAGAUAAAGACCCCAAAUGGGUUUACCACCCUAGAGCGGCAGCUGAACUGCGUAAUCCAACACGGCAGCUUUAUCCCAAACAGCGAAACACUCCGAAUGAAGAAAGGGGUCGGUGAGAGGUCACCUGUGCAAGGACAAGAGGGGCCUGCCUAAGAGGGGUCUGCAGUGGCUUUGGAGCAGAGCGCUGCUGGCUUGAGAUGGAGCAGAGACAGAGGAAGGAAGGAAAGACUAAGGAAAGUUAUGAGCCUGCAGUAGCUGAAAUGUCCGGGCGCAGAGCGGGCUCCCGGGGAGGAGGGCUGGCGGGAGCGUCGAGUCGGAGCCCGGGGGAGCUUUGAUAAGCAAAUGCAGCCCAGCGCUCGGGCGCUCUCUAUUGGCUGUUCCUUCACCGCCAGAUUUUGACACAAAUAAUCAGAUUGAAAAUCAAGGAGGGGAACAGAAGAGGAAAGAAAAAAAAAAAACACACAGAGAGAGUGGUUGGGGGGGGGAAGGAGAAGUAUCUAUUGGAGCAGAGAGUGCGAGGUUGACAGAGUGGAGCCGAUCCCCAGAGAGACUGCGAGGUUCCCACCAACACCGCGGCAGGGACCGGACGGCAGAGCUGGGGACAGCAGGUGUGGGGUGCACGCUUACAAUGCCACGGUCCUUCCUGGUAAAGAGCAAGAAGGCUCACACCUACCACCAGCCUCGCGUCCAGGAAGAUGAACCGGUCUGGUCUCCCGCCCUUGGCCCUGGGGCCAGGGGCCAGGUCCUGAGCAACACUCCUGUCCUCAGCACCCUGUUCCCAAACCAGCGCCUGACCUGGACUGAUCUCAAACGGGAGCCAGAACUGGAGCUGGACCAGAGCCUGACCAGGAUGACCUUGGUGCCAGAGGGCCCUGCCGUAAUGCCCCGAUCCCAGGACAGGGACUCCGACUCACCCCCGUUCUACAAGCCCAGCUUCUCCUGGGAUGCCCUGGCCUCGUCCUAUGGCCACAGCUACCGGCAGGCCCCCUCCACCAUGCAGUCUGCCUUCCUUGAGCGCUCCGUCAGCCUGUACGGCAGCCCUCUGGUGCCCAGCACCGAGCCGCCCCUGGACUUCAGCCUCCGCUGCUCCCCGGGCAUGGAUGCCUACCACUGCAUCAAGUGCAACAAGGUGUUCUCCACCCCACAUGGGCUUGAGGUGCAUGUCCGCCGCUCCCACAGCGGGACCCGGCCCUUCGCCUGUGACGUCUGUGGCAAAACCUUCGGCCAUGCCGUGAGCCUGGAGCAGCACACACACGUCCACUCCCAGGGGAUCCCGGCAGGGCCCAGUCCUGCACCCAGCGUGGCAGUCCCGGGUCUCGAGGCCCCGCCGGCUCCUGACCCCCCGGGGCCUCGUUUCCUCCGGCAGGAGCGCAGCUUCGAGUGCCGGAUGUGCGGCAAAGCCUUCAAGCGCUCGUCCACCCUGUCCACACACCUGCUCAUCCACUCAGACACACGGCCCUACCCCUGCCAGUUCUGCGGCAAGCGUUUCCACCAGAAAUCGGACAUGAAGAAGCACACCUACAUCCACACCGGCGAGAAGCCGCACAAGUGCCAGGUGUGCGGCAAGGCCUUCAGCCAGAGCUCCAACCUCAUCACCCACAGCCGGAAGCACACCGGCUUCAAGCCCUUCAGCUGUGAGCUCUGCACCAAGGGCUUCCAGCGAAAGGUGGACCUGCGGAGGCACCGCGAGAGCCAGCACAACCUCAAGUGAAGCUGCACCUGCCCCCGAGAUCCUGGGACCGGAGGGAGGCCAGCCUCGUGCACCCAGAUUCCCUGUCUCCUGGAGAUCGCACUGGACAGGAAUCUCUCAGCUUGUUUUGAGACUCACAAAAUUGCUGCGUGACCUCAAGCAAGUUGCUUUCCCUCUUUGGACCAAUUUUUUUUUUUCCUGCUGCAAAAUGUGGGAACUGGGCUGGGUCUUUUCUGAGCUGAAGUUGUUUUGAGGUCUGAGCUUGGGCACCUUCCCCAGGGCAGAGACCGGAUGGCCAGCGUAGCGCCACCCCUCCCAAAACCCCCCGCCCAUGGACAGGGAUGCCAAGAAUAAUCCCGAACUGGAAUCCACAGAGAAAUCCUCCCCCUCUGCCUGCAGCCUACCAUGCUGGGAUCUCGUUUCUGGGGGGGCCUUUUUCUGGCCGCCACCAUGGCCAGAGCUGCCUCCUGCCCCAGUGGAAGGCCAAAUACCCCUCUGCUUCAGCCACAUGUGCUGGCUGUCCCCCACUUCUGACUGGCACUCAGCUAGCCACGGGGGUCCCGGUUCUGCUUUCAGGCCGCGGGGCUGGAGAAACCAGGGGUCACUGCUCUCAAAAGAACUGCUGUAAAUAAAAAUAAAGACACCAAUUUAUUUACCUUU